AUGAGAGUCCUAGUCUUAUGGCUCAUCUCCCUCUUCCCCAUCACUGAGGGCAGUGAAGGCUUCUUUGGGAGAAAUGAUGGCAUCAAGACAAAAAGAGAACUCACAGUGAAUAAGAAAAAGCACCCAGCGCAGGAAUAUGAGCUGUUGCUUCAGGUGCCCUAUAGAGAUUCCAAGGAGAAAAGAGACUUGAAGAAAUUGCCGAAACUUCUGAAGCAUCCAUUAUUAUGGCUCCAUGGGCCAAUGAAGAUCAUCAGAGCGAAGGCAACCACAUACUGUGGCCACCAGAAUGGGGGCCUCCAGUGUACCUGUGAAGAUGGCUAUACCUGGUUUCCUCCUGCAUGCCUUGAUCCCCAAAAAUGCUACCUUCACAUGGUUGGACCACUCCAGACUUGUGACUGUCAUCUCAAGAACCUCACCGGGAGUGUCAAUUUCUGUGAGAGAACAAAAGUUUGGGGCACUUUCAAAAUUAAUGAAAGAUUUACAAAAGACCUUCUGAAUUCAUCUUCUGCUCUAUACUCCAAAUAUACCACUGAAAUCGAAAUUCAACUUAAAGAAGCAUACAAAAGAAUUCAAGGUUUUGAGUCAGUUCGUGUCACUCAAUUUCGAAGUAGAAGCAUCAUUGCUGGGUAUGAAGUUGUUGGCUCCAGCAAUACAUCUGAGUUGCUGUCAGCCAUGGAACAGAUGACUGAGAAGGCCAAGGGAGGCCUUCAGAAGCUAUUUCCACUGGAAGAUGACUCUUGGAGAGUGUUUGGAAAAGUUCAGUGUAAUAGCAUUGCCUUUGGAUUUGGAUUUAAGAACGAUGAGUAUACGCUUCUCUGUAGCAGUGGCUACACUGGGUACAUCACAGCCAAGUGCCAGCCCUCUGGAUGGCAGGUCAUCAGGGAGACAUGCGUGCUUUCUCAGCUAGAAGAACUGAAGAAGAAUUUCAGUGUGAUUGCAAGCAAUGCCACUGAGGCAGCCAUGUCAUCCUUGGUGCGAAAUCUUUCAGUCCUCAUUCAGCAAAACCCAUCAACCACAGCUGGGAAUCUGGCUUCCGUGGUGUCAAUUCUGGGCAAUGUCUCAUCUCUGUCACUGGCAAGCCAUUUCAGUGUGUCCAAUUCAACAAUGGAGGAUGUCAUCAGUAUAGCUGACCACAUCCUUAAUUCAACAUCAGUAACCAACUGGACAGUAUUACUGCAGGAAGAAAAGCAUGCCAGUUCCCAGUUACUAGAGACAUUGGAAAACAUCAGCAUUCUGGUACCUCCGACAGCUCUGCCUCUGAACUUUUCUCGGGAAUUCAUUAACUGGAAAGGGAUUCCAGUGUCUGAAAACCAACACAAGACAGGUUACAACUAUCAACCUGAAAUGUUCUCGCCAAAUACUUCCAUUCCCAUCAGAGGCCGUGUGUUAAUUGGGUCAGACCAAUUCCAGGGGACCCUUCCAGAAACUAUUAUCAGCAUGGCCUCAUUGACCUUGGGGACCAUUCUACCCAUAACCCAAACUGGAAAUGCUCAGGUCAAUGGGCCCGUGAUAUCCACGGUUAUCCAAAACUAUUCCAUAAAUGAAGUCUUCCUGGUUUUUUCCAAGAUAGAGUCAAACCUGAGUCAGCCUCAUUGUGUGUUUUGGGAUUUUAGUCAUUUGCAGUGGAAUGAAGCAGGCUGUCACCUACUGAAUGAAACUCUAGACACAGUGAUGUGCCGGUGUACUCACCUGACCUCAUUCUCCAUGCUGAUGUCACCUUUUGUCCCUCCUGCCGUCAUUCCGGUUGUGAAGUGGAUCACCUUUGUGGGGCUGGGAGUCUCCAUUGGAAGUCUCAUCUUAUGCCUGAUCAUCGAGGCUCUGUAUUGGAAGCAGGUCAAGAAAAACCAAACAUCGCACACACGUCAUAUUUGCAUGGUCAACAUAUCCCUAUGCCUCCUGAUUGCCGAUGUUUGGUUUAUUGUUGCUGCCACUUUGGAUGCCACGGUCAACCCUUCUGGGGUCUGCAUAGCUGCAGUGUUCUUUACACACUUUUUCUACCUCUCCUUGUUCUUUUGGAUGCUCCUGCUCGGCCUCCUGCUGGCUUAUCGGAUCGUCCUCGUGUUCCAUCACCUGGCCAUGCCUUCAAUGCUGGCUGUAGGGUUCUGCCUCGGCUAUGGGUGUCCUCUCAUUAUAUCUGUCAUCACCAUUGCAGUCACACAACCUAGCCAUGGCUACGAAAGGAAAGACAUGUGUUGGCUGAACUGGUCCGGUGGAAGCAAACCCCUCUUGGCCCUCGCUGUCCCCGUGCUGACUAUCGUAGCUGUGAAUCUCGUGGUGGUAUUCUUAGUUCUCACGAAGCUCUGGAGGCCCGCAGUUGGAGAGAGGCUGAGUCAGGACAACAAGGCCACGAUCGUCCGCAUGGGGAAGAGCAUCCUCAUCCUGACGCCUCUGCUGGGGCUCACCUGGGGCUUUGGCCUAGGAGUAAUGGUGGACAGCCAGAAUCUGGCCUGGCAUGUUAUUUUUGCACUGCUCAAUGCCUUCCAGGGUUUUUUCAUCUUAUGCUUUGGAAUGCUCUUGGAUAGUAAGCUUCGACAAUUGCUGUUCAACAAGUUGUCUCCUUUAAGCUCUUUGAAGCAACCAUCAAAGCAAAACUCAUCAGAAUUAUCUGCCAAACCCAAAUUUGCAAAGUCUUCCAACCCAGUGCAACACAAAGGCACUUAUGCAUUUUCUCAUUCUGGAGAGUCCUCAAUUGAUAUCAUGCUAACUCAGUUUUUAUCAACUGAAUAA